CAUAAACUUACAUUUUAAAAAGUUUUACUUAUAAACUAAACUGAUUCAGGACAAAAGGACUUCAUUGAUACUAAAUUCGAAUUUGGUAAUUUAUUGUAGUAUUUGUUUUCAAGAGGACCAACAUAUUGAAUGAAAAUUUGCUAAAAAGAUCAUUAUAAUGAGUUGUUUUAUUUUGCUUGGAAAAAUUAGAUUCAUUCAAAGAUGACAACUUUUUAAUAGCAAAACAAAGAUGACAACUUUAGUUAUUAUUAUUUAGGAUUUUCUUCCUUGCCCCAAUAUUGAAUUUCGUUUUUCCUUAAAAAAAAAUAUUGAAUUUCGUUCAAACUCCAUUACAUUACUAAACCCAACGCCUCAACAUGUUCGCGUGCACAACACGCUUGCCAUCUUCUUUUUCCACGUCACAUUCACCGAAUUAAAGAAAGAAAGAAAAAACAGUUUACAAUUUCUUCUUCUUCUUCGUCAUCGUCUUAUUCUCGUCGAGCACAUAAUGUAAAUCUGCAAUUUUUUUGGUCGAUUAUCGCUUCAAUUUUAACCGUCGCCGCCCAAGGUGACAUUCACGCGCCGAGAAUCACCGCGUGAGGAAAAACAAAAAACAGAAUCUGUACAUAUAUUUAUAUAUUAUUAUUUUAAUGGCCAUUGUUUUUCUCCGGCAACUUAGUUGAGUCGCUGCCCAAUCAUGACUUGUUCCGAAGAAACCAUAAUCAAGAUCAGAGUCAAAGUCAAAAGUAGGGUGUAGUAUUACAGUACUAGUAUAAUGGAAGUGAAAGCUAGAGCUCCCGGGAAAAUCAUUCUUUCCGGUGAACAUGCGGUGGUUCAUGGAUCCACGGCCGUCGCUGCCUCCAUUAAUCUCUACACCUAUGUCACUCUUCGCUUUCCGACUCCUGCUGACAAUGAUGAUUCCUUGAAACUCCAACUUAAGGAUUUGGCAUUAGAGUUUUCAUGGCCAAUUGGUAAAAUCAAAGAUGCACUGUCUCAGUUGGACAUUCCUAAUCCAUCAACACCAACCUCUUGCUCAAUAGAUGCAAUGAAAUCGAUUGCAGCUCUAGUUGAUGAACAAAAUAUCCCAGAGGCAAAGAUUUUUCUUGCUUCUGGUGUAUCAGCUUUUCUUUGGCUGUAUACAUCUAUCCAAGGAUUCAAGCCUGCUACAGUGGUUGUUACAUCAGAGCUUCCUCUAGGUUCUGGUUUGGGCUCCUCUGCUGCACUUAGUGUUGCAUUUGCGGCUGUUUUGCUUGCCUUUUCGGACAUGGUAAACUUAGAUUUGAACCACCAAGGAUGGUUAAUGUAUGCGGAUGAAGAACUUGAACUACUAAACAAAUGGGCUUUUGAAGGUGAAAAGAUCAUCCAUGGAAGGCCAUCUGGCAUUGACAAUACAGUGAGCACUUAUGGUAAUAUGAUCCAGUUCAGGUCUGGUAAUUUGGUUCGCAUGAAGUCCAAUUUGCCACUCAAAAUGCUCAUCACAAACACAAAAGUUGGAAGGAACACUAAGGCCCUAGUAGCUGGUGUCUCAGAGAGAACCUUGAGGCACCCAGAUGCCAUGAAUUUGGUCUUUAAUGCUGUAGAUUCUAUUAGCAAGGAACUAUCUGCUAUUAUUCAGUCUCCUAUUGGUGACGACCUGUCUGUGACCCAAAAGGAGGAGAAGAUAGAAGAGUUGAUGGAAAUGAACCAAGGGUUGCUCCAAAGCAUGGGGGUCAGUCAUUCUUCAAUAGAAACUGUUCUCCGAACAACAUUGAAAUACAAGUUGGCUUCCAAGUUGACAGGAGCUGGUGGUGGAGGCUGCGUUUUGACACUACUACCGAACUUGCUAUCAGGAAAGGUUGUUGAGAUAGUGAUGAAUGAGCUUGAGUCGUGCGGAUUCCAGUGCUUCACUGCUGGAAUUGGAGGGAACGGUGUUGAGAUUUACUUGGGUGGUUCCUCCUGAUUUUUUAGGUGGAGUAUGUUCAGAGUUUCACCGGCUACUAAUAAUUUAAGCUGCGCAAUUUACUGCUGUUUGUCUCUGCUAUCUGAGUUGUAUGUACAUUAGUCAUUUUGUUGCUUUCGAUUUGAAUUUAGGUUAGUGGAACACCAUUUUUAUGGUUGGCUGGCUAUCUGCUUCAUAACUAAUUUAAACAAUUGUUUAACCUUUAGGCUUUGCCUAAUGAUUUUUGGGUUCAGCUUCGUGUUUUAUGAUUCAUUGUAAGAGCACGAAGCUGAACAAGUAGCAUAAAGGGAUGAUUACAUAUUGUGUACUAUGUUUGGUUGAACAGAA